GACGGUCGGAGAUGACAGACAAUCCGUGCGUGUACGGCGUGGAGCUGCGGGAGCCACCGGCAACCGGUGGCCCGUCCGCCACCAGCCAGUACGACCUGCUGUUCCACCCGCACCAUCAUCCGGCGCCGGUGACCUACUACUACGACCAGUACUACGCCGCGGAUGGCGUGCAGUCCGGCAACCUGUCGACCGCCCUCGGCGACAUCAUCCGCGAGAACGUUUCGCUCAUUGUCGACACGUACAACUACACGGCCGGCGGGGGCGGUGGUACCGCCACCGGUGGCGGUGGCACCCGCACCGGUGCCGGUGACAGCUCCUUCCAGAACCAGCUUAUCAUCCCACUGUACGCCGUCAUCUUCCUGCUGUCGGUCGUCGGCAACCUGCUGGUGAUACUGACGCUCGCCCAAAACAAGCGGAUGCGUACCGUCACGAACGUCUACCUGCUGAAUCUGGCCAUCUCCGACCUGCUGCUGGGCGUCUUCUGCAUGCCGUUUACACUCGCCGGUCAGGUGCUGCGGCGGUUUAUCUUCGGCAGUGUCAUGUGCAAAUUAAUACCGUACUUUCAGGCGGUUUCCGUUUCGGUGGCGGUCUGGACGCUGGUCGCCAUCUCGCUGGAGCGCUACUUCGCCAUCUGCCGGCCGCUGUCGUCGCGCCGCUGGCAGACCCAGUUCCACGCCUACAAGAUGAUCGGCCUGGUGUGGACGGUGAGCUUCCUGGCCAACUCGCCGCUGUGCUACGUGCAGCGGCUGCAGCCGGUGCUGCGGGCGGGACGCAGCACCGGCCAGAUGAAGUGCCGCGAGGUGUGGCCGGACCGGGUGUCGGAGAAGGCGUACGUGCUGUUCCACGACGUCGGCCUGCUGGUGCUGCCGCUGCUGACGAUGGGCUUCGCCUACUCCAUGAUCGUGUCGAAGCUGUGGCGCGGUCUGCGUCACGAAAUCAAGCACUCGUCGCUGUACCAGCAGUCGAGCAAGCUGUGUCAGGGUGCCGCGGCCGGCGUCCAGCAGUCCUCAGCGGUGUCCCAGAAUGCCCCGGGGGGCGCCUACGGGGGCAACACAACGCCCACAGGUGGUGGAGUUAAGCGCCCCGAUCCCGGCUCCUUCCUGCACCCGUCAAGCAUGAAGAAGGGCAUCUUCAAAGCGUCCCAGGGUGCGACGGUUAACUUUAGCAGCAACAGCUACCACAACAGUGGCUCCGGGAAUGGACAAGGAGCGGGAGCUGGUAGCAGCGCGGCCCAGGGAAGUAUUGGAGGGCCAGACAUUUCCGGACACUUGCCCACCGUCGGCAACAGCGGAGACCAGAUGGUGGAAUGUGAAUAUUGCGACACCAGCGCCGGAAGACUUCGCAGCGUUCGACAUUUCUUCGCCAAGGUGAUCCGAAUGCUGUUCGUCAUUAUCGUCGAGUUUUUCGUCUGCUGGGCGCCACUGCACAUCCUCAACACGGUGUAUCUGUACUCACCCUCGUUCGUCUACCAGUACGUGAGCAGCAGCGGUAUCGCGCUGGUGCAGCUGAUGGCGUACAUCAGCUCCUGCUGCAAUCCGAUCACGUACUGCUUCAUGAACCGCCGCUUCCGGCAGGCAUUUCUCGCCAUCUUCAGCUGCCACCGCAACCGCAUGCCACUAUGCUGCUGUAUCUGCUGCGCCACGCAGAAGGCGGCACCACUAGACGGCGGGGAGGGCAAGUCGGCGGCCUACCUGCGCCAGAAUGCGGUGAACCACUCCGGAGCGGAGCGCAACAACUCCGACCUGUCCGGCAACGACUCACUCGUCUACGUCGGGCGCGGUAUCGUGCAACGUUCCGAGAUAUUGAUUCUGGAAUCCGAGGAUCGGGUUUAG